GUGCUGACGGCAGCGUGGAGAACUUCAAGCGCCGCCGUGCAACGGAGCUGAAGCACGGGCGCAUUGCCAUGCUUGCGACUAUGGGCUACAUUACGCCGGAGAUCACUGGCAAGUUCCCUGGAUACCUCUCGCCAUCCGCUGGAUUGAAGUUCGCCGACAUCCCCAACGGUCUUGCGGCCAUCUCCAAGGUUCCCCAGGCCGGAUGGGGCCAGAUCCUUUUGUACAUGGCCUACUGCGAGGCUUCCCAGACGCAAGAGCCGGGCACCGCGGCCUAUGCGGGCGACUUCGGCUGGAAGGUGCUGACCUCCAGCGAUCCCGCCGAGAAGACCAAGAAGCUGAGUGCUGAGUUGGCAAACGGUCGGUUGGCCAUGAUGGCUAUCAUCGGCAUGUUCUUCCAGGACGGCCUCACAGGAUCCGCUUGGGGUGACUGGGCCAACUACACCGCCUCGCCGCUCCGAGCCGAGCCCGUCUCCGCUGCUGCGGCGGCUGCUGCGGCAAAGGCA